UACCACAUACGUUUUAAAAUGCUUAAAAAGCACCGUAACUUUCAUGAUAUCAUUUCUCGGUCAUAAUCGUUUGUUUCCGUGAACGGCCGACUGUUGUGUGACGGCAAAUGCUGUGAUAGGGAAAUUGUAGUAGUGCCGUUUGGCCACCACGAAUUUGUUCCUCAGAGUCCGGCGCACUUCCUGGGGGCCCGCUGCUAUACAACACCACGAAGAAGAAGCAGCAGCAAAUAUAAUCGGAAGUUAACGAGGAGUGUAUUCUAUCGGUGCUCGGCUGAGAGCUAGCUCGAGAACAAAACAACAGUUUAGACUGUGACAUGAUGACCUACGUGGAUGUUUAGCUUGUCACAGAGAGGCACACACACAGUGGACGAGGUGAUUAAGUGACUGAAGCUGUCUCGACGAGGGAGAGUGUGGCUGUCUCCUCUCUGCUCUGACUGCAGCUGAGCUGCUGCGGGAGGCAACUAACCGGAAUUGAUAAGCAGAACCGGAAUCGGAAUCGGAAUCGAUAAAUUUCAAACGAUACCCAUCCCUAAUCCUGACACAAGAGAGGACGGCAGGACUGCAAUUUCCCGUGUUCAGUGAAUGCAACAGAGAAAACAUGUCUGACUCUCCAUGUGAGUCUGUUCCCUCCACAAGUGAAAGUCCCAACAAGGAGACACAAUUGAAAGACAGCUGUGACCCUCUCAGUUUAAUAAAAAACGCUGUGGUGGUCUUGACCCGACUCCCUGACUAUAAGAUCAGCGCUCUGCGACCACCGACGCCACAGCAGUUCUACAGUGAAGACGACUCCUGCAGUAGCUCUGACUCUGAUAUGCUGUGGGAACAAGACGAUGAUUCUAGUGAUUCUGAUUUCUCACUCUCAAACAACAAACGGAAAACUCAAAAAAAGAACUCCAGCAGAAACGACAAUGAACAAGCCCCUAUAAUAGUAUCAUCGGCUUUUGCGCAUUGCUCCACUGAAACCACCAAGGUCCGUCCUAACUUGCCAGAAAAAGAGGUCGCAGUGGGCAUGAUGAUCCUGGCCAAGAGGAAGACGAUGAAAUGGCAACGGGGAAAAAUAGUGGAUAUCGUAACAAAGGAAGAUGGGCGGUUGAAGUACAAAGUUUGUUUUGAACAGAAGGGGAGAAGCCUGGUGUCCGGCCACCACAUUGCCUUUGACACCAUACCCGAUCUGGAGCAGCUGUAUGUCGGGGCCCGUGUGGUGGUCCGGUUUCCAGAUCACAAGUUCCGGCCCGGAGUUUUGUCAGAGCUCCCCAGCAGAAAGAACCGCCUGAGGUUCUUGGUUUUCAUAGAUGAUCACACGCCGCUCUAUCUUGGUUUACCUUCAUUUCACCUGGUGUGCAGACCAUUGGAUGAUAUUUUAGAGGACAUUCCCGACGACCCUCACAAGGCCUUCAUGGCGCGGUACCUGAAGGACUGGCCGUACCCACAUUUAACGCAGUUCAAGGCUGGACAGAUGCUCAAUGUGCAGUUAAAUGGAGUCUAUCAGAGGAGUGAGGUGCAGGCGGUCGACUGCAGUGUGAUGCAGGUCCUAUUUCAGGAUACUCAAGUAAGGGAGUGGAUCCAUCGAGGCUCCAUCCGACUUCAACACAUGGCUAGAUUUUUGGACAUAAAUACAGUGGAAGAGCAAGAUUAUGAUUCUGAUUAAAAACCCAAAGACACAGGAAUAAUUAUAAUGUGGAUCGGACGAGCCCCCCAUUAGUUACAAGCUGGCUCCUUCUUGCAACAAAAGUUAAGGUCACAAAUAACAAAAUGGAAACUGAGGAGGGCUGGUUUGGUGCACGGGGCAGCGAGAGAGCAGGGGACUCAUCUGCAGCGCUCUUUACCAGGCUGGAGCCACAGGGGGGCCUCAUCUCUCCUGAUUACAGGACCCAACAUCGUCUCCAGGUUCUCUGCAAGAAAAAACUAAAACACAGCACCAUACAAUGGACAACCACAGGGUUGUCACAACCCUAAAAGAAUAAUUGCUAUUAUUUAAUGCUGGUAUAUUCUACUCACGCAUGGCAACUAUUCUUUUAAAAAAAAAAAAAUUAAAACAAAUAAGUGCAAAAACGGAAUAAUAGUACAUUUCCUUUUGUCCAGAAAUGUUGCAACUCUGGUGUACUGAAUGUACUAUUUUGAGUACAUUUUAAUGUAUAUAAUACAUUAGAAAAUAGCCGUUCUGCAUAAUAAGUGAUUUUACUAUUGGUUCUUUCAGUAUACUUUGAUGCUUAUACUUUUGUAUUUUCACUUAAGUAACAUUUUCAAUACAGAAUUUAUACUUGCAGCAGAGCAAUGUUCAACUUUUGAAGCUUCUGAAGCUUUCGGUGGAAGCGUCAGCCAAUCAAAUCAUAUGCCAGUACAAGCUCUAGCCAAUCAAACUGCUGCUUGUGUGUCAGGGGCGGGAGAUUCAUGUGAUUGGUUGUUGGUCGAGCUUCCCACACGCCCAGCUCCAAGCUUUUUUGAAGCUGUAGUGUGGACGGGCCAUAAACGUAAACGUUAGAGCUCAGCCAAGUUAUUCGUUUUAAUACAAGACAGUAAAUGAGUUUUUGUUAAUUCAUUAUUUGAAGCAAUAUUUGUUGUAACGUAUUGAAAAGGUGAGAUGUUCGCAGGUGUUGAUAAAUUCCAGCGAAAUAGGGAAUAACAUUGUUCUUAAUCCUUCAGUUGUAUGAUUUCUUUCUUUAUUUAGGGACUUCAACAACAGUAAUUCCUACGAGUCAAAAUGUACAUAAACUUAUUCAAAAUGUGUUCAACUGAUUAAUGUUUACAUUUAAAGAUAAGCAUAAACACUUUUUGUCCCGAUAUUGUAUGGGUGAAGGUACACUCUGAACAGAUGAGUUUGAGGCUAUGAUGAAAGAUUUUCUGAUUUCCAAUAUGGAGUUUGUUACAUUGUUGUUGAACCUAAACAUCCAGCAGAUUUUUAGAGAACCCUAGAACAGUCAGUGACUCUUUAUUCAUUGACAUCUUUGUUAUAUUCUUUGUUUUGCUCAUGUAGUGCUUUCAUUUUCUCAACAUUUUAGAAGUUGCAUAUGUUUUUUUGCUUUCUUUUGUUUUAUUUAAAAAUGUUAGGUUGAAAAUAUGUACAUUGUAUACUAGCUUGACUCAGCUUCCAAUUCAGAGAUUAAUAAAAAAUAAUCUUCAACUUUG